AUGCCUUUAUACAAUAAUUCAUUAAAAAAGUUUAAUUGCAAAGAUUAUUUGAAGAUUUCUCUGAAAAUAAAUAUUAAUAGUAUACUUAAAAGAUAUGUUGCUUCGCAACCUUUAGGUAUCAAUAUCCCUGAACCUCCACCAAGAGAAUUUUUGCCUAAUGGAGAACCAAAAAAAUAUAGAUUAAAUCAAAGAUAUUAUAACCAUAAAUAUGAAUGGGAAAGAUGGACAUUAAGACCAGCUGGAGUUUUUCAUACUUAUUUAUAUGGAGAGUUUGCAAAAGAUCAUAAACCUUUAUUAGCAUGGUUAUUGCAAUAUCCUUUGCCAUUAGCUUUUAUUCCUUAUUUUUUACUUGCCUUUGGAUUAUCUUUUACAUUUCAUCACGUUUCCUAUAUUGGUAUAAAACCUAAGAGAUUUACGGUAGAAUGGGUAGAAGCUAAUAAAGAAAGAGAAAGAGCUGAAAAUACAAAUCCUAUUACAAGAUACUUAGAUAGAAGAAGAAAGGAAAGAGGACCGCAUUGGAUUCUCGAAGACUUUUUGCCUAGUCAUCCUUGCUAUUUGCAUAUGAGUAAAUAUCAUCAUGAUACUGAACUUCUUCGAAAAAGAGAAGAAGAAGCUGCUGAACAAAGUAGUGCAAAUGAAGAAGAAGAUGACGAAGAAUAA